UCACAGGCCAUCCAAUUUUGGGUGUACUCUCAGCUGAAGAAAGCAAGAAAUAUGGAUGACUUGCAAGAUCAAAGCGAUCAUGGUCUAAUCUAUUGUAGAUACGAUAAUAGUACCAAUAACAAUACAUUAAUGGAGUAUCUUGAAUUAGAUAAUCGCACAAGCGAUCCACUCAAUGAACCAGAAGUAACUAUGAAUUUAAACGAAGGUUCUGUACAGCUACUACUUUACCCAUUGGAAGAAUUAGAAGAAGAUAUGUUUGAUUAUGAAACAGAUACUUCUUCGCAGGAUGGAAACAUAGAAUCUCAGGAACAAGUGGUACCAUCCAGUCAGCUAAGUAAUAAUCAUAAAUAUCCUGAGGAGCUAACCAUUUCUGAUGAUGAGAUAGACGACGGAGGCACAUUUGAAGAUGAACCAGUAUCUAAUUUAUUAUUGAAUGACAAUGACACAGAUGACUCCCAACCUCCGUGAAUACCUAUUGAAUGAAGUUUAUGUGCAUGUGUACAAUGUCCAGCACUAUUCAACCUUUUCAUGUAUCACAAUCACACAAAGUUUGAUAGUUAGAUUAGAGCUUAUCAAGUUUUGUACAG